GCAACAAACAACAACCAUGAAAGUUCACUCUUCCCCACUACCCACCUCACAUUUUCCUUCACUUUCUUUUCCUUCCCUGAUUGUCCUAUAAAUACUAAAAAAAAAUCCCAUCUUUUAUUUUCUUUGUAAAAAAAUUGAAAAAAAAAAAGAUGUCCCUUUGUUUUUCUUUCAAUGUGUCCACUCUCAACUCACCAAAGUAUCAAAGCCACAAAGCUCAUUUCUAUUCUCAAUUCAUCAAUCAAAUUCAGGUAAAUUCACUCUCACAUUCAUUACCAUCUUUUCCUUUGAAUUCAUCGCUUCCCUUUAAGUUUAGUGUAAAAAGAAUCAACCCCAUUAGAGCUUCAACAGCAACAAGUGUUGAAGCUACUCAAUCUUCAUUUAGAAACAAGAAUCCAAAAGAUAUUAACAUUUUGGUUGCGGGUUCAACUGGAUAUAUUGGAAAGUUUGUUGUUAAAGAGUUAGUUAAUAGAGGGUUUAAUGUUAUAGCCGUUGCGAGAGAAAAGAGUGGCAUUAGAGGUAAGAACAGCGAAGAAGAGACUUUGAAUCAGUUACAAGGAGCAAAUGUGUGCUUCUCUGAUGUGACAAAGUUGGAAACUUUAGAAAAAUCUUUGAAUGAUUUUGGUGUUUCAGUUGAUGUUGUAGUUUCAUGUCUUGCUAGUCGUACUGGGGGUGUUAAAGAUUCAUGGAAGAUUGAUUAUGAGGCAACAAAGAAUAGUCUUGUUGCUGGAAAAAAACUUGGGGCUAAACAUUUUGUGUUGCUUUCUGCAAUCUGUGUGCAAAAACCCCUUCUUGAAUUUCAGAGAGCAAAGCUUAAAUUCGAGGCUGAACUAAUGAGAGAAACUGAAAUGGAUAGUGGUUUCACAUAUAGUAUUGUACGGCCAACUGCAUUCUUUAAGAGUUUAGGGGGUCAGGUCGAGCUGGUUAAGGAUGGCAAGCCUUACGUGAUGUUUGGGGAUGGAAAUUUGUGCGCGUGUAAACCAAUUAGCGAGGAGGAUUUAGCUUCGUUUAUUGCAGAUUGUGUGUUGGGUGAGGAUAAAAUUAAUCAGAUUUUGCCAAUUGGUGGACCAGGCAAGGCUUUGACACCAUUGGAGCAAGGGGAGAUGUUGUUUAGACUGCUGGGGAAGGAACCGAAUUUCUUGAAAGUUCCAAUUGGAAUAAUGGAUUUUGCCAUUGGCGUACUUGAUUUCCUCGUUAAGAUCUUCCCUUCAAUGGAAGAUGCAGCCGAGUUUGGGAAGAUCGGAAGGUAUUAUGCAGCUGAAAGUAUGCUGGUUUUGGAUCCCGAGACUGGUGAGUAUAGUGCUGAGAGAACUCCUAGUUAUGGUGAGGACACCCUGGAAGAGUUCUUUGAAAAAGUGCUUAGGGAAGGGAUGGCAGGUCAGGAGUUAGGUGAACAAGCAAUCUUCUAAUCCAAUAGAAGUUUGCAAAUUUGAAUGCUAAAUUGAGUUAACCAGUUUUGAUACCCAGCCUGCUUAAAGGUGUGCAAUUUGCAGAGCUCUGAACUCAUUUUCAAUCUAUUGUGUGUAAUGUGAGUUGUAUGCAUAAUUCUUUUGUAAAGAUUACAAAACUGUGAAUUCCUAGUGUUUUAAAACUUUCCAAUAUAAAUGUGUUUCAUGUCUUCAAACUCAGUUGAGAUGUGAACUGGUUAAUACCUGAUGUAAUAGAUAUCGUAUUGUAGUCUUAUGUAAUAGAUUUGCUAUUGUAGACGGUCUUAUGAUAACAUUAAUGCUUGAAUGCAGUCCGCUCGUGGCCUGUCCACUAGGACCAAAACAUGUAUUUUUUUUCAUACUAAUGAUAUAAUCUAUGGACUCUCUUGGCCUCUA